GUUUUCAAAUUAUGACAUGGUUCACAUCCUUGGCUUGUACUGUCAAGGAUCUGUGGAAUGUAAAUAAAUUUCCGUCUAUUUUAUUCUGUUGCAUUCUGCUCAUAUUGAACAACAGAAAAUACUUUAGAUGUUCUUUAAACCUAACCUAAAGGACCAUAUUUCAAUGUACUGGGCAGGUCUGACACAUUCAAACUCAGAAAUAAAGGUACUGCUGAAGCAUAACUGCGGUGACAAAUGCAAUACAAUAUUUGAACUGAUGAACUAAUUAUAUAGGGCCAGUUUCAUAAGGGUUUGCUCCUUUACUCCAAAUUUAUUUAAAAAUACAAGGAAUAUUUUUUACCAACUAGAACAAGCAAUUACGAGGUCUGCCACAAAAAUAACGAGACUAAUGCUGUAAGUAGGCAAACAAUUAUGGUGAGGGCGAAAUAAGCAGACCAUAUUUGACCCUGAUCUGUCCUCUACCAGUGACGCAAGUUUCAACUUGUUUGCUUCACUCAGUAGCAGUGGACGAGUAUUUUUGUACAGACGUGUUUUUACCCUCGGCCGGAAAAUGUCUGACUGCAAAAGUGAACGAGUUAACAUCAAGUUUCUUGUUAAACUGAAGAAAUCAGCGACGGAAACUUUUCAAUUAUUGACUGAGGUGAAGAUUGCAUGUCUCGUGCACGCGUUUUUGAAUGGCACAAAUGAUUUUCGGAAGGCAGAGAAUGCGUGAAAGCUGAUGAUCGCCCAGGACUUCCACGCACAGCUGUUCAAGACAAUGUUGAUUGUUUUCUUCGAUAUCAAGGGUAUUGUGAUGGCAGAGUGGGUACCCAGUGGCCAGACGGUAAAUCAGCAGUAUUACAUUGAAGUCUUGACAAAAUUGCGUGAACGUGUGAGAAAGAAACGACCGGAAUUAUGGAGAAACGGGUGGAUUUUGUACCAGGACAACGCGCCAGCCCACAACGCCUUGUCUGUGAAGCAGUUUUUAGCUAAUAAAAACAUCACUGUGCUUGACCACUCACCCUAUUCGCCAGACCUCGCUCCCUGCGACUUCUACCUCUUCCCAGAGAUGAAGUCGGUGCUCAAAGGAACACAUUUUUUUGUCGGUACAAGAUGUGAAAGCAAAAACGGCGGAGAUCCUCAACAGCCUUACAGAACAUGACCUGCGGAAUUGCUUUGAACGUUGGCAGCAUCGUAUGCAGCAGUGUGUCAACUCAGAAGGGAACUAUUUUGAAGGCGAUCGUAGUUGAUUUUCUGAAUUUGUUAAAUAAAAAGAGUUACAGGCACAGUCUCGUUUUUUUGUGGCAGACCUUGUAUGUCCGAUUGGUUCUUACAGGCCUGCACGUAUAACUUAUUAAUACAACGUUUCAACUAAUUUGGACUGGUUGAUUAUUUUUUCCGGAAAGAAAUUUAGUUCGAAAAGUGAGAUUUGGUCAUGAAGGGAACAAUUUUAAUAUCAGCUUUGUGAAAAUAUGUUGUAAAAUGUUUUUAGUUAUUUACCUUUUUCAUCAUUUCUGAAAUCGAAUUUACUUAAAACACUGAUUUUUAUGCGGAUCCGGAAUUUGAAGCUUGAUAUACAUUAGGUACUGACAAACCUGAAUAAUAAUUCUUAUAUCUUACAAGCUCUUGUGUGUUGUACUUUGCCGUUUCGUCGCGAGGUAACAGUACGCAGUUUAAUAGAUAAAGCGGUGGGUUUGGGAUUUUGCAGCAGUUGUUACUGCGACGGUAAAUAAUAGAAAAGAUGUGUGAUGUCAGAUGCUUUCGUUUUCAAAAUCUGAACUUUCUAAUAAGUUCAAAUGAUUCAAUGUUUGUUUAAUGCACCAACUUCCGUUGUCAUCUAAGGUGUUAAUAUGCCGUGUUAUCGAUGACAUUGUUGAUUAAAUUGAUGAGCACGUAAAAUAUUAAUCAUGUGGUCACAGUUAAUAAAUAAGAGUUUAUUGAAAGUUUGAAAUGCUUGAAGUAAGCAGUGUUAAUUAUCGUUAUGUUUUUUUAAAUGAACUUGCGAGGAGGCCUUACCGCUAGUGGCAGCCCAAGGUAUUUGUGUUAUUUAAAGUAAAAUUGUUCACGCAUAUUUGGUUUCUAUGAGCAGUGCAGUUUGAGAUUGAAAGCGAAGGAGUGGGAGGGAUGAUGACAAGCUACUCACCCUGGCCCCUGGUACCUGGUGACCCAGUUCCCUAGAGUGUCAGUGGACAGCAAGGUACCGACUCGGUGAGUGUUGCCAUCGGAAACAUCGACACGUCUUCUCCACCGUCACUGGCACAAUGCUACCAGAGGUAUCUUCACUUCGUGCGAAGACGCUGCUCUGCUGUUUUCUCGCCGCUGUUUUGCCGUCCCGUGGAGACGUUCUGAGUGGCUUGCAGCUGGUCACAGAUCUCAGCAACAACUUCGUACCCAAACUGUUCCAGGCCCUAGCACCAGGAAGAGAGAACCUCGUGUUUGCUCCGUUUGGCCUUGCUACGAAUGUCGCCAUGUUGCUAGAGGCUGCGAGAGGAGACACAGCCAAAGAAAUCCUUAAAGCGCUCAACAUCUCGUCAAAUUCUCUCCCUGACCUGAGAAUUGGUUUCAAGGCGUACUGUGACACAUUUGAGGCAGCAGCAGAGAACAAGGAGGCAGCUGGCUCAUUCAACAUGGCGACGAUGGUCAGCUCGCAGCCCCUCUUAGCGUCUUACAAAGCCAUCUUGAAUAAGUUCUACCGCGUGAACCUAACUGAGAUUUCCAGGUUCGACAACCUUACAGGAGCACGUCCUGCAUCGGUGAGUCUGGAACUGAGGAGCGAUUCUGGAGUAAUGAGCCACUGGAAGGACUAUGACCGACUGGCUGCCUUCUCCUUUCUUUCGCAUGAACCUGCAGCUCCAUUUCAGCGAACCCCGACAGAUACCAUACCCGUACCCAUGGUGCCGCAGGUUGGGGACUUUCGCGCCGGAAGAAUUCACCAACUCAAUGCCCACGGCGUCGAACUUCCGCUGGAAGUGGGCUCGGUGUCACUGCUAUUGCUAGUUCCAGACUCGAGUGACAACCUGGAUGAGCUGUUGGUGAAGCUGCCGGGGGUGUCGCUACAGCAGUUGGUGCAGGAGUGGCUGCCUCAUUCUGAGGCCUCCGUGUCUUUGCCACAGUUCACCAUCGUCAGCAGUGCCAUCGACGUCACGCAGUUCCUCCGCCAGCUUGGCGUCCGCGCAGUCUUCAACGCAACGUCCGCGGACCUGAGCGCUGCCACACCAGCGCCUUAUGUACACGUCAAGUCGGUCAUACAGGAUGCAUUCUUCUCAACGUCUUUCGUAUCCGUCAACUCUGUCGGCUCAGUGUCUACUAACCUGGUUCCCAAAAGACCGAAAAGAGAAUCCACAAAUUUGGUGGUGGACCGCCCAUUUCUCUUCUUCCUCCUGCACCGGGACACCCAGCUGGUACUUCUGGCUGGGAAGGUACAAAACCCAACACAAGUCCCUUAAUGCAGUUUGCGUUGUCACCAAUGUUUCAAUGAUGCGCGUAACACGUGAAGAAUUUUGCGUUUGUGUUCAACCGUGCAACUUUUAGACUGUUCUCAUUAUGCAUCAUUGGACAGUACGUAGUCAUACAAAUUCAGAAUGGAUUUAAUACAAAUUCUAUUUACACUUAAUUAAUGUCUGGCUAAAAGAGAGGUUCUCAUAUGUUGCGGAAUAUUUCUAGAGUCAAAUAAAAUAAAUGUAAUGCCACUUGUA